GGUUUUUUGAGGUUUCAUCAGUAAGAUUACAAAAAGAAAUUGCAAAAUUACUAAGGUAUUUUGUGAGAAUCUAAUAAGAGUUUUAGCUAACGCUGAUGUAUUCGUUAUUCUUUAUUAGAGUUCCUUUUCAAUCUAAGUAAUCAUAUCCAACCUUUGCUUAAUUAUAGUCAGUGAAAGUAAGUGAAAGCAAAAAUGGAUCCGGGUAUCCUUUGUUUCCACCAUUGUGAACACAAAGUUUUCUGCACUGUUAUACCUGAAAAAUGUCCCGUGUGCAAACAGCUACUUGAUAGAUACGAUUACAAUCUAUUGCCUUUUAGGGUCCCCUAUCCUUUUGUAAAAGCGUCUCAACAUCCGCGAGCAAUUGUAAUGAAGCCUACUCAUGGAGAUUUUUUAAAUGACUACUAUAAUUCGAAAGAUUUACACAUAGGUGUUACUAACUCAGAGGGAUGUGUGGUAGAAUUUAGUGAACAAGGCAUUCAAGGAGUUGAUCCAAUCACAAAAAAGUGGAGUAUCUGUGAUACUAGCUCUAAUUGGGACCAGUGUCUCCUUUUGGAGCAAUUUGAUGAGCUCUGGAAUGAAAUAUGGGAUAGUGUUUUGAUUAAGGUAGCCUUAAGCCCUCUCUGGAAACCAGAAAGGUAUAAUGAAGAAAGGCAUAAUUGCUUUACAUUUGUGUUAGCCUUCUUAAGAGCACUUGACUGUGGAGAACUAUCUGAGAAGGCUCAUGAUCCCAAACUUUUCUGCAAACAAUAUGUUGUGCCUAGAACUUCUGCUGCAGGGAAAUAUAUUUCUCUCUUUAGACAGUUGAAGAGACAAAAUUAUUUCAUACAAGACCAAUGAUGAACCAUUGUAUUGGCAGUUUGUUCAUGUUUUAUAACUUAUUCAGUAUUAACUGUGAUGUUUAGAAUUUAAAAGUGGGUUUCUCAUAAAUUCAUAUUGCAUUUAAAGUCAAACCAAACAAUACUUAUAUUGCAUUAAACUUUAUCUACUGAUGUUAGUAGUUACAUCAAUAAAUUUUGUUCUGUAUUAGUAUUUAUUUAACAUUAAUAUAUUUUUUAAAUUUAAUUUCUUAUAGUUGUUGAAGUUACAUAAAGUAUGUUUUGAAUGUAGCCACUAAGACCAAUAUGAACAACCAGUGAUGUAUUACGAUAAGUAAAGUUAAUGUAUACAUGGUUUUAUCCAAGUUUUAUAUGUCCUUGUCUUGCCAAGACACUGCAAUCAUAAUAUAUUAUGGCUCUCAUAGGCUCAUCUUUGAGCAGUGAUUGGAAAUUUCACAUAUCUAAACAUGUUAAUUUGUUACAUAUUUUUGUUAGUGGACUUUCUGAAACUAGUUUGAAAUGUACUAAUAGUCAAUUAUAACUGUUUUUAUAUAUUUACAUUUUGAUGUAAAUUUUUGUCACAUUCAUUGGUCAUUGUUUCUUAACAUACAAAAUACAUAAAUUAUUGACAGUUAAAAUGUAAUAGAUUUGUAUGUUCUGAAUUUAAUUAAUGUAUUAGCUAAGACUUCAUAACUAAUUUGUUAUUUACUGGAUGAUAGAUGUAGUGAUAAUUGUGUGUUGUGGGUAGAUUAUUUAUUCAAGGUUAGUUUAAUGAUUAAUAGGUUUGCUAAACUUCCAAUGGUGUCGAUUCUGACAUGAUUCUCUAAAUCUAAACUUAAAUUUGACAACAGUAUAUCCUUGUCAUUCUCUACACAGAGUGAAAAGGAGAGACAUGUAAAAAUUAGGUUGAAGUUUAGAGAAUCAUGCCAGAAUCAACACCAAUGUGUGUCCAAGAAUAAAGGAUGUUAGUGGCUUAUAUCCAGUUUACAGUGUUUCCCUUCAAUUGCAUUGAUAGUUUUCAUCACACUUUUGAAUAAUGGAAUCUUCUUUAAUGAAAUUCUUAUUGAAAAUAGUUUAAAAAUUGAUUGUUUGUAGAAAUUGCAUGUUUCAGAAAGUAUAUUUUAGUUGGAUCACUUACAGUAUUAUAAUUGAUGUAUAUAUAUUUUGCAGUCUAAGGCCUGUUUUAAAAGAUCGCUCUCAACUCUCAACUCUAAGGGCGAUCUUGAGUUUUUGUAUGAAAACAGUAUCUCAAGAUUUUAGCCUCAGAGUUGAGAGCGAUCUAUUAAUACGGGCCUUAAACAGGUUCCAAAUUACUAUCUAUAAACUUUUUACACAAAAAUUCAGCUCCAUUAUCUUACAGAUGGGAUUAUUGGUAAUUUAUAAUAAGUUUAAACUAGGGAUGCCCCGAUAAGCCUUUUUGCCGAUACGAUACCCGAUGCCCUUAUAAAAAUAUCUUCGUUACAGAUAUGCUUAUUGAAUAAGAAAAUUAAGGUAGAAUAAAACAUAAGUCAAGUUAUUUUUAAAUAAAUGUAAAGAUAACAAAUAACAUAGCAAGUUAAAGAAAACCGAUUAAAACUAUAACACUUUUGCGUUUUGAAGUUGACAUGACUUAUUUAUUUUACGCAAACGAUUAUUUUUAGCUGAUUAGUACACGCAAACUAAUUUACAUUAUGUUAUUAUUAAUUUUAUUUAAACGACAGAUACUACGGGCGAAAACAGUCAACCAAGCGAAAUGUGAUAGUUCAGAGAUUCUAAACCCGGGCGAAACAAGACACUGAAUAAAGCGUGGGGUUUUCCCGAGCAUAGUAAGGGCGCUUUAACAGUGCGGCGCCGGUACCGCGAACGCUCGACAACAGGCUGCUGCUGCACCGCGCGUUUUGUGUAAAAAAAAAAAGGAUCGUCCGUACGCUGUACGACAAACGCAUCGCUUCGGCCCCGCAGCAGGCCGUCAAGAAACGCAUAAAUUCGAAGCGCCCUUAGUUCGAACCUCGAGACAAGAGGCGCGUUUUAUAUUUUAAAACUGCGAAAGGAGAUUGCUCAGCUUCCAUACAUGUUUGGCCAAAAAAGAUCAAUAAUCAUGAAAAAUUGUUUCCUAGAUUCGAAAUUAUAUUUAUAUUAUGAUUUUAUUUAAUUUUAAGCAUUUAAUUGCUAGAUGUUUAAAUCUAAAGAAAAGUUUACUAGAAAAAAUAUAUAUAUAUAUAUUUAUAUUACUGUAGAAACGAAUAUUAUUGACGGACACCCCUGAGAACUUCUAUAAACCAUAUGGUUUAAUGGCAAACCUAACCUCAAAAUCAUUCAGUGUAUAUCACUGAAUCAUUUUGAGGUUAGGUUUGCAAAUAGGUACAUAGGUAUUAAAAUAAUAAAAAACAAAAAAUUCAUACAGUAAACUAGGGAAAUGAAGCCAAGUACCGAAAUUAUAUAUUUAGAUUCAGGUAUAUAGAGCAGGUACAUUAACAGGUGCCUGUUUUUAAAGUUAAUGCACAAGAGUAACUUUAAAAUCAGGUAACAUCUAUGCAUUUCCGGUUAUAAUAAGGUACUCUGUGACAGAAAUUGUGUGAUGAUUAUGAAUGAGCCAAGGAUUAGAGAGAUUUUUUAAACUCCCGCUAACCAAAGAAAGCUAAAAUAUUUAGCUUAUACAGUUCGAUCAGUCUUUGGCUGAAUGUUACUACACCCAUAGCCAUUAAAAAUGAUUCGUAUGUUUUCCAAACCGGUAAAAUUAAAAGUCCUUUUUAAAAUGAAUAUAUUAAACAAAGGUGUCCGUAAAAAUCUAAUGACUGUAAAAUAAAGUAUAAAUUACGCCAAGAAUUACCGUGUAUGUCAAUAUUUUUUGUACAUUUGGGCCAAUUUGAGCAAAUCUCCUUUCAAAAGUAUUGACGAAUCGGCCAUAAUAAUAUCGCCGAUGCCGUAUACUAAGUAUCGCCGAUAUAUCGGUAUCGGAUGCAUCACUAGUUUAUACCGUAUUUUUGCACUAAAUCCUAACAAUUAAAACUUAGAAAUUUUAUAAUGAAUGUGACACUAGUUCCUAUACUUAAAUAUCUAACAAAAUUUGUAAAGGAUCUCAAUGACAAUUUUGUAGGUGCUAUGUUUUAAAAUAAAGUUUUUGUUAAUAUUUUAAUGACUUCUAUUAUUUUUUUAGGAAGGUAUUAAAUAAAAGA